CCGGAGCCCGGACUUAGGGCGCCCCGUCGGUGGCCAGGAGCAAGCAGCGAGCCGAGGCGCGUGCUGUGCGGGGAGACCUCCCCGGAGGGGCAGGUGGCUUCACUGUUCCUUGGGAGAGAGAGUCGGCCACCUUCAACAGAGCCGUAGAAAUCCCAGAAUUCCUGAGCUGCUCAACAAAAGGCCUUGAACCCCUUCACCCCCACCCCAUAGCACCAGAUAGAACAGCCUGGCAGAGGCUCCAAGCUUUGUGGAAAUGGAUGCAGAAGGCAGAUCCAAACAUUCGGUUAGGCCUCAAGCUUCGGGGCUCCCCAGGCCUGGUUUUGCAGCCCCAUAGGGUGUGGGCCAAGUGUGCUCAGCUCCAUGGGACCAGCUCAAGUGUGAGGCUCUGUUCCUGCCCUUCAGAAGCUUCCAGAUUUAGGUGGGGAGACAAACCCAGUACCUAUGUCCCAGAGAACUUUCCUUUUGGGUAAUCUCCAAAGUCGUGGUAUUGCUGAAUCCAACCCUAGGAUGUUGCAAAGCUGAAAUGAUUGGGUCUCGCCUCCCUGGCUCAUGGAAAACAAAAGCUCUUGCUCUGGGAUUCACCAAACAAACACUGACCACCAUCGUCACGGUGAAAAAGUUCCUAUGGUCUCAGGAACUGACAUCCUGAAAUAGCCAGGGGACCUGUGCCUUUAGAAUAAGAAGCACAUAUUAGAAGCUCCUUGUGUUCAGACUGGGAGGAUUAGAGGAUAAUCCACAAUGGAGGACCCUGAACUCUUAUGCCCUGAAGAGUCUGACCUUCGUGGGCAGAAGGAGCCAACAGAGGAUUCUGAUCAGAACUGUGCCCUACCAGCCCCCGGGGGCAGCUGAUUGAGAGAUGCGUGUGUCAGGGAUCAUGGGAUUUCACCUUGAACUUCUCUUAGGAGUGGUACUCGUGGCCAGUCCUGUGCUAGGAAUUUCUUCCUGCUCCUCUGAUGGUCGGAUGGCCUUGUAUCAUUUCUGCAACCUCACCCAGAUUCCCCAGGUCCUCAACACCACUGAGAAACUCCUGCUGAGCUUCAAUUAUAUCCAGACGGUGACAGCCACCUCAUUCCCCUUCCUGGAGCAGCUGAAGCUGCUGGAACUCGGAGCUCAGUUUACCUCCUUGACUAUUGACAAAGAUGCCUUCAGAAACCUGCCCAAUCUUAGAAUCUUGGACUUGGGCAAAAAUCAGGUAGACUUCUUGCAUCUAGAUGCUUUUCAGGGACUCCCCCAUCUGUUUGAACUUAGGCUGUUCGCCUGUGGUCUCUCCGAUGCCGUGUUAAAAAAUGGUUAUUUCAGAAAUUUGCGUUCCUUGUCUCGCCUGGACCUGUCCUUCAAUCAGAUUCAUAGCCUUUCCCUUCAUCCUUCAUUCGGGGAAUUGACUUCCUUGAAGUCCAUUGAUUUUUUACUCAACAACAUAGCUGUUGUAUGCGAACAUGAGCUCAAGCCCCUCCAAGGGAAAACACUCUCCCUUUUACGCCUUGCAUCUAAUCAACUGUACAGCAGGGUCUCCAUGGACUGGGGGAAGUGUAUGAACCCAUUCAGAAAUAUGGUCCUCGAGACCCUAGACGUUUCUGACAAUGGCUGGACCGUGGACAUCACAAGAAACUUUAGCAAUGCCAUCAAUGGAAGCCAGAUUUCCUCUUUGGUUCUUGCCCACCACAACAUGGGUCCUGGGUUUGGGUUCCACAACAUCAAAGAUCCUGACCAGAACACAUUUGCCGGCCUGGCCAGAAGCUCAGUGAUACGCUUGGACCUUUCACAUGGAUCUAUCUUCUCCCUGAACUUCCGACUCUUUGAGACCCUCAAGGAGCUGAAGCUUCUGAACAUUGCCCACAACAAGAUAAACAAGAUUGUAGAUGAGGCGUUUCAUGGACUGGACAACCUCCAAGUUCUCAACCUGUCAUAUAACCUUCUGGGGGAACUUUGUGAUUCUAACUUCUAUGGACUACCUAGUGUGGAAUAUAUUGAUCUGCAAAAUAAUCACAUUGGAAUCAUCCAGGAAAACACCUUCAAAUUCCUGGGAAAAUUAAAUGCCCUGGACCUCCGGGAUAAUGCUCUGAAAACAAUUUAUUUUAUCCCACGCAUAUCAGAUAUCUACUUGGGUGGCAAUAAACUGGUGAGUUUGCCAAACAUCGCACUUACAGCCAACUUGAUCCAAUUAUCAGAUAACAGGCUAGAAAGUCUGGAUAAUCUCUACUUCCUUCUCCAGGUACCUCACCUCCAGAUUCUCAUUUUAAAUCAAAAUCGCCUUUCCUCUUGUAAGCAAGGACGUGCCCCUGCAGUGAGUCUCACCUUAGAACAGCUGUUCCUUGGAGAAAAUAUGUUGCAACUUGCCUGGGAGAGUGGGUUCUGCUGGGAUGUUUUUAAGGGGCUUUCCCGUCUCCAAGUCCUAUACUUGAAUAAUAACUACCUGAAUUUCCUUCCACCAGGAGUAUUUAGCUAUCUGACUGCAUUAAGGGGUCUCAGCCUCAGUUCUAACAGGCUGUCCUCUCUUUCUCCGGGCGACUUACCUCCUAAUUUAGAGGUCCUGGAUGUGUCCAGAAACCAGCUCCUGUCUCCUGACCCUAAUGUAUUUGCGUCACUCGCGUCCGUGGACAUAACUCAUAACAAGUUCAUCUGUGAGUGUGAACUUAGCACUUUCAUCAGGUGGCUCAAUCAAACCAAUGUCACUAUAUUUGGGUCUCACGCAGACAUAUACUGCAUGUACCCCAACUCGCUCUCUGGGACUUCCCUCUACUCUCUGUCUGUGGAGGGUUGUGAUGAAGAGGAAAUCUUCAAGUCCCUAAAGUUUUCCCUUUUCGUCUUAUUCACUGUCACUGUGUCUCUGUUCCUCGUGACCAUCCUCACAGUCACGAAGUUCCGGGGGUUUUGUUUCAACUGUUAUAAGAGAGCCCAGCGACUGGUGUUCAGGGACCAAACCAAGGCAAGACCCCACGACACAUACAAAUACGAUGCCUAUUUGUGCUUCAGUAGCAAAGACUUUGAAUGGGUGCAGAGCGCUUUGCUUAAACACCUGGACGCCCAGUACAGUGACCGAAACAGAUUGAACCUGUGCUUUGAAGAAAGAGAUUUUGUGCCGGGGGAAAACCACCUCGACAACAUCCGCAGUGCCGUGUGGAGCAGCAGAAAGAUUGUGUGUCUCGUGAGCAGACACUUCCUGAGUGACGGGUGGUGCCUCGAAGCCUUCACUUACGCCCAGACCAGGAGCUUCGUUGACCUCAACAGUCCCCUCAUCAUGGUGGUAGUCGGGUCGUUGUCCCAAUACCAGCUGAUGAAACAUGAGUCCAUCAGAGGAUUUGUGCAGAAACGGCAGUACCUGAGGUGGCCGGAGGACCUGCAGGACAUGGGCUGGUUUCUCCAUAAACUCUCUCAACACAUACUAAAGCAAGGAAAGGAAAAGAAGAAAGACAAUGUCAUUCAGUUGCAGACUAUAGCAGCCACCCCCUAGUCAAAGGAGCAAAGGCAGCGGAUGUCAAGCCCCAGAUAACUCUUCACUUUCUAUUUGCACUACGUUACCUUCUGCAGGUCUUUUUUUGAAGGUUUGUUUUUUGCGCCCCCUACUAUGAAAACAACAUAAAGCUCUUGAUUUUCAUAGCAACGUGAUGUUUUGUCUCACUGACCUCCAAAUGGAAGGGAAUGGAUCUGGAAGAUGCUACUAAUACCACAGAAUAUUUCCUAGUCGUGGGAAGGGCGCCUCGAGAGAAGUUACAGAUGGCGGACACGAAGGAGCUGGCCAAUGAGUCCGAGCUCUCUGUGCUGUGCAGGAAAUUACUAGGUAGAAAACAAACAGAAAAUGAGGCAUGUGUGCUACUUCCGCCUUGGGUACAAGGCCACUGCUGGGGGCAGGUCACGCUCAGUCACGGCGCUAAGAGGUGGCCCUAAAGAGGCCGGGAUGAGAAUAACUAGACCUCUUGUGGCCAUCGCACUCUUUCUGUUCUUCCCUUCAGCUCCUGCAGAUUUAAGCCCAGGGGACCAUGAACAUUUUUCAUUUUUUGCAGACAACCAUUGUUUCAGCCUGGCAUUUAAGACCUUCCAUGACUUAGCACCAAACUAUCUCAGCUUUAUUUCUUUAUCAUUCAUCCACCACUCAGGCUGAUGUGGAAAGAACUUAGCCUGUGGACACACAUCCUAGCUUGGGUUCUGAUUCUGCUCCUCUUUAGCUCUGUGACCUGGAGCAGGUUAAACACCCUUGCUGGGCCAUUGUUUUCUCGCCUGGAGGCGUGAUCGUAUCUACCUCAUUGAGUUGCCGUGAAAAUUAAACUGGUCAAGGAUGUCAGGGCUUCUCAGAUCUUGUUCUUAGUUGCCCCAAACGGCCACAAGAGGGUGCCUUCUGGAGGCAGUCGAAAUUUCUCUCAGGUUGUAUUGUAUUUUUAUCAUAAAAUAAAUCUGUACCUGUUUUGCAUUCUAUUUCAUUUUUCAUGUUGACUUUGAUAUAGAAAUGUUUUUCUGAAAAAGCAUGAAGAAAAUUUAAACCAAGGAAGGUGUGCCAAAAUUACCCUGUGAUUUCACAUACGACCGCUUCCACGUCCAGCAUAGCUCCAGGUCAGCAGCUGCUGUUUGUGGAGCACAUCUAGGCCUGGGACUCGGCGCUCCAAAAUGUCCCUCCCUUCCUCUCACUGUGCCCCUCCAAUCCUAACUCUUCCAACACACACACACACACACACACACACCCACACACACACACACACCAGCUGUUCUCAUCCUGGCUUCUUCGGGCCCCCUCUGAUUCAUGAGACUGAGCUUGCCCUGCACUUAUUGCUUUUAUAUUUGAACAAUGGCUGCGGGCAUUAACAUUGUUCAUACGUACAGCACACACACACCCUAUUCUCCCACUUCCUUCUGGAAUGUUCUCCCAUCUCUGCACAUCCAUCCUACCCAUUCUUCAAAAUCCAGCCCACCAAGCCUCCUGGGAUGCGUCCAACCCAAAGUCUUCUCUUCCGUCUGUGACCAGCCCUGGUACUUUAGCUGUUCUUUUCAAACAAGCACUACUUCCUGCCUCCUUUCAGUGUGGGAGCCUGCCUGGCCACCCAAGCCUCUGGGCUAUAAGCUCCCUGAGGAAAGACCCUUUCUUCUGUGUCCUGCUGCCAGCAUUGGGAAUUCUUGCUGAGGCCAUUUUCCAAGCCACACUUCACAAGAGUUGCUGCAAAAGCAAAGACUAACAGUGCCACGUGGAUAUGUGGGUGUCAGUGGGCAGCUGAGAUGCUACUUGCUAAGCAGCUUCUCCUGUUUUCCACUUCACAGCCAUUCCAAGUCAGGCCUCGGUAAACUGACAAAUUCCACGGAAUGGGAUCCUCUGGGGUCACUCCUACAUGGGAGGAACCACUACAGUUCAGUUUAAGAAUGGCAAGCGCUUAGACUAUAUUCGAAACUGUGACUAUUCUGGAAAAUCUAGAAUAUUGUUUGAGGCUGCGGAAAACUUCAGAGAGAAUCUGAUUCAUCACCCCAAACACAACUGACUGUGAAAAUUUCUUGUCAACCACUUGACUCUGCAGUGACUAAUAUUUCAGAUAGUCCUGAUAUAAUGUAAAGUAAAUGUGGUUGAAAGUUCGAAAUUAUGAAAUAACUCUACUGGGAAGACAGGAGAAUAUGAAGUACAAGUGUAAGAUAGAUAAAUGCUCACCUGCCACAAUAUAAAAUCAAUAUAAAGUGUCUAGAAUGUUAUAUCAAGAAAUAGCAUUCUGAGUGUGCUUUGAGAAACAUGAAAUGCCAGAAGAAAGAACUAUGCAAGUUAAUAGUGAUUGCCUGAGGGAGUUCUGUCCAAUUCUUCCAUUGGGAACAUCUAGAAAAGCUGGAGACACUAUUUUUUAAAUCCAUUUAAAGGCAUUGAAGAGCUACAAGGCAGUAAAUAGGGCCAAGAUCAGGAGAAGAAGGAAAUCAAAAGAUUUAAAGUAUGACCUUCUAUCCAUCAGAAAAGACUGUCAGUGGGUAAAAAAGGCAAACAAUGGCACAUGAAAAUAGCACAUGUAUCUGAAAAGAACUCAGAGCCAAACUAUGAAAGAACUACAAAUCAAGAAGGAAAAGGCAACACAAAAGAAAACUGGACCAGAGACUUGAGAAUUUCACAAAUGGACACCCAGUGUCCAAAAGCAAGUGAAAAGGUAGUCAACCUCUUUUAGGCAUCAGGGCAAUGCAAAUUAAAACCGCAUUGUGUUACUACUACACGUCGACCAGAAUGGCUAAAAUUAAAAUGACUGACAGUGUCAAAUAUUAGCAAGGAUGUACAGCAAUUCAAACUCAACUAUGUUAUUGGCGAGAUGGUACAAUGGUUUACUUUGAAAAAAACACUUUCGUUUAUCUACUAAAGUCGAAUUCACAUGUACCCUAUGACACUUCAGUUCUACUCCUCGGUAUAUACACAUGGGAAAUGCAUGUACAUAGAGGCCAGAAGACAAAAAUGGUUAUGGCGGCGUUAUUUGUAGUACCCAACACGGGACACAAACCACAUGUCUAUCAAUCAUAGAAUGGAUUGAAUAAAUUAUGGUCCUUGAAAUCUAUGCAGAAAUGGCAACUAAACAAGUAUAGUUACAUGUAACCACCGGAGUAAAUCUCACAAAAGUGUUAAGCCGAAGAAGCAAGGCAUACGAUUACCUGCGGGGUGGUUCCAUUUUUAGAAAUUUCAGGAAGGCAAAACUCCUGUAUCAUGAUAAUGAGAUGCUGGUCAUGUUCCAUGUCUUGACCAGGAUGAUGAUAACAGAGGUAUGUGCACUUUGCAACAAUACAUUUUAUCUGUACCGAUUAAUUUGUUCGCUUAUCUGUACAGUAUGGUUCUUCAAUUGAAAAAAAAUGUUACCAAGGGGACAGAUUUUUUUGUGAAAGGAACAAAAGACAUGUGGUAGAGCAAUUCGUGCGGACCUAAUAGGACAUUCUCUCCCCCAAUACCUUAUCUUUCUUAGCGAUGGCCUCUGAUCUCAAUAUAUUUCUUUCUCAGCCCCAACCCAAAGAAAACACACAAGUGAUUACGUUGGAGGGCUUAGAAAGAUUAAAGGACGUUGAGGUGGGACAGGAAACUGGAAGCUUUCAUUACGAGACGUUGGCAUUAUUGAAUGCUUACCUCUGUGCAUGUGUUUCAUUAAUGAUACUUUAAUGUAGACAAAAAUAAUCAAAUAUGCAUAUAUAAAAUGGAUUUAACAUCUGUCGCUGGCAGAAGACAGAGAAAAUAGAAUUAGCCAGAAUUUCAAAAUUAAACUACCAACAAAGAAAAACAACGUUAUUUCGACAGGUGAACGAUAUAUAUAUAAAAUUUUGCUGAAUUUUUAUUUUUCUUAAGAUUAAAGGAACUUUUCAUCUGUUUUACUUAGCAGUUAAAUAUUUUAUUUCUCCAUGGCCACAAUACCUUCCAUUUAGAUAGGCCUUUUAAGAAAUGAAAUGUUUUUAUUUUACAGACAAUUCCAUGGAAGGAACUCACCAAGGGUCCCACGGUCCUCUCAGAGACCACGGUCUAGGCGAAUAUGACAAGGCGGCUUUAUUCCUGAAAUUUGGGGACCUGAUCCAACAAGAAAUCUUGUUUCUUUUCCCAGCUCAGGUACUUCAAAACGGGCCGCAGGGCCCCGUUUUUCUGUCUCCUCUCCUGGAAGGUCGCCUCACUGAGACGUGAUAAAAACCAAUGACAUCAUGUCUCAUCGGGGCCUCAACUCCUUCAGGAAGCAGGUGCUUUGGCAGAGCGGAGGUGGGGGCAUUUUUCUGCCGUGCUGACCUGGGUUUGCUGCUCAAGUAGCCCUUAGGGCCUAACACUUGAGGCCGCUUUCAUGGUUUUUCCAAUGACCUUGGCCAUUAAUUGGCUCCCAGCUCUUUCCCCAUCUGCAGCUGUGUUAUAGGCCCAGCAUGUUCCAGGCCUGUAAGUUGUGCCAAACCCUAAGGGAUUUGCAAAAAUAAGUCAGUAAUGUUUCUGUGGGUUGGUCCAUGUGAAACAAUGGAAAGUUUUUGGAGAGGGGACCGGGAUUAACCAGUGGUGCUUGUAAGGAAGACUUUCAGGUUUAGAUGUCAAACAAAGGAGGAAAAGUUGGUAUGAGAGCCACUGGCUGAUGAAAGUGCCACCUCUAGUUUUGCUCAGGCUGCAACCCCCAAAUGAGCCAGGGACAAGAGCUCCCCACUUAGCAUCCUCUCCAGAGACAGCCGUAGAAAACACUCUGACCUUGGAAUCAGAAGACUCGAGUUGUCGGCUUAGCUAGCUGUGUGCUGUUUAACUGCUUAGAGCUUCAGG